CCGCCGAAGGAGUGACUGUCCGGUCAGCCCAUCGCACAAACCGCGGGUCCAAAACCAUCGUUUCCAAAUACGCGAUUGAUGAUUUUUGGUCCCUAUUUUUUUUUUAAGUUGAAUUAGCGCACAUAGUUGAUGCUACCUCUUAUCUUAAUUUUAUCUUUGUAACGACUGAUAACACUUUUGGUUCAAUUAAUAAUUUUUAGUAUAGUCGUUCGAUUCGAGAAGUCAAGAUGCAGAUUUUUGUGAUUUUUUCUGUAAUUUUGUGUUCGUUAAAAUAUAGCUACACUGCCCCAAGUGACAGCAAUGCAUUGUUAUAUCUCUCCCAGUUUGGUUACCUCGCACCAACCAGGGGAAAUUCUAGUCAAUUAUUAGAUGAACGAACGUAUACAAAAGCCAUAGAGGAGUUUCAAUCAUUUGCUGGAUUAAAUGUUACCGGUGAACUAGACGCAACAACUAGACACACGAUGACCUUACCAAGAUGCGGUGUGAAAGAUAAAGUGGGAACAGCAGAUAACAGGGCAAAGAGAUAUGCAUUGCAAGGUAGUAGAUGGAAGGUGAAGGAUCUGACCUAUAAAAUUUCAAAAUAUCCAAGCAAAUUAAAACGUGCAGAUGUUGACUCAGAAGUACAAAGGGCGUUUGACGUAUGGACUACAGUUACUGACUUAACAUUUACUCCUAAAAGUGGUCAAGUACAUAUAGAAAUUAGAUUUGAAUAUGGUGAACAUGGUGAUGGAGAUCCUUUCGACGGCCCUGGUGGUACCUUGGCUCAUGCCUACUUUCCUGUGUUUGGAGGAGAUGCUCACUUUGAUGCUUCUGAAUCAUGGUCUAUAAAUAGUUACAGAGGUACAAAUCUUUUCCAAGUAGCCGCUCACGAAUUUGGCCACUCUCUUGGUCUUAGUCACUCAGAUGUCAGACAAGCUCUUAUGGCUCCCUUCUAUAGAGGAUACGCUCCAAAUUUUGAAUUAGACAGUGACGAUAUUGAAGGAAUUCAAGCACUUUAUGGUCAGAAAACCAACAAAUUUCCCCCAAGAUUUGACGACGGCGAUCAGGACAGCGACUACGAUAAUAGCCAUAACGUACCUAAGACUAAACCUUCCGGAGGAACAGAUCAAACUUUGUGCGACAAUCCGAACUUUGACACCAUAUUUACUUCUGCAGAAGGCUACACCUACGUUUUUAAAGGGGAUAAGUACUGGAGAUUGACUGAUGAUAGUAUUGCACCUGGAUAUCCAAAAUUCAUUUCUGAUUACUGGGUAGGAUUGCCUGGUAAUAUAGAUGCUGCAUUUACAUACAAAAAUGGAAAGACUUAUUUCUUCAAAGGAUCUAAAUACUGGAGGUACAAGGGAAAGAAACCCGACGGUGAUUACCCAAAAGACAUCUCUGUAGGCUUCACAGGAAUACCUGAUGAUGUAGACUCAGCUUUAGUAUGGAGUGGUAACGGAAAAAUAUACUUCUACAAGGGUAGUAAGUUCUGGAGAUUUGACCCAUCUCAAAAACCUCCCGUAAAGAGUAACUACCCCAAACCCAUCUCCAACUGGGACGGAAUCCCAAAUAACAUUGACGCAGCCUUCCAGUGGACCAAUGGAUAUACUUACUUUUACAAAAAUAAUGCUUAUUAUAGGUUUAACGACAGAGCCUUCGCAGUAGACGUGACGACGCCAGCGUUUCCAAGGUCGACAGCAUACUGGUGGUUCGGUUGUAAGGACGCACCAGCUGGUACCAUCGGAUCUAGUGAGUCAAUGAGAGGAACACUAAUUGGUGAAGAGAGCUCAUAUCCAAAAUUUUUCGAUACUUCGAAUGAUAAUGAUACAGAUGUGCACCAUGACAUGUCCGAGUUACCACCGCAAGAAUUUUACAGCGGAAAUGGAAACUACGCUAGUCGCACAGGAAUUUCUUUUCUUCUAGUGACACUAGCGACACUGGCGGCAAUGUUUUUAGCUAGUGUUUCAUAGAAUAGACGAAGUGAUCUUUUCGUUUUAUAAACGAAGCCACUUUGACUGAGACUUUUACCAAUAUUGUGAUUUGAUUUAAGUUUUUAUUAGUUAGAAAGUGACAUUUACGUUUAGAUCAUCAAAUUCAUUGACGCCAAAUAUUACAAUAAUUUAGUCAAAACAUGCAAAAACUUUUUGUAUAAACUCAUAAGUUAAACUGUAAAGUACUACAAUGUUAAACCGUCAAGUGGUACAAGUUAAGUUAUAAAAUUUAUUAAAAUGUUUCUCAAUUCUCAAUAUUUAAAUGGGUUAACGCUGUAAAUUAUGUUGCAUAAUUAUAAAAUGUCUUGCCUGUAUUUUUAGUUGCAUACUUUCAGUUAGCUAGAAAAUAAUCUCAUAUUAUUAUACUCUUAAAAAUACAGGUAGCGCUUUUAAUUCGAAAGUUGGGCUUUACAAAAAUAUUCUCAAUCAAGAUUCAUAAGCAAUAUUUUAAUUAGGAGUGUUUAUUUUGCAAAACUUGAUCACAUUAUUUUUCUUAUUUUAUAAUUAGAAUGUAUAUCAUAAACAUAUGUAAAUCAUCUCAUCUUCAUUUACCAUUGCGGUCUAUAUACCGUUUACAAAAUUAAUUUUGUGUCCAUUUCAGUAAUCAGUGUGUAAUUAUUUAUUGUAAUAUAUUUAGAGAAGAAUUUUGUACUUAUACAUUUCCUUAAAUAUUUCGAAACAUAAUUUGUGUUCUUAUGUUCUAU